AUGCAGGGGCUGGAGCUGGAGUGUGUGCAGGAGCUGGGGGAGCCAGCAGAGACCAGGUCCCUCCCCACGGCCCGCAGCAGGCAGGCCCAGAUUCCUGCACCCAAGCUUGAGUUUAACGAGCAGCUCCCCUGCACGGCCGUCUGGUCCCCUUACCCUCCUGACCCCGUCUUGGCUGGAGUCGCCUGUUCCCACAAGCUGCUGGGGCCCCAGCCUGGCUUCACCCAUGGGGCCUCCCGUCUCCGAAAACAGCUCUGCCUCUUCAUCUCGUCUUCCUCAAAAACGGGCAAAAACUAA